UCUAGUCCCAGCAUCUCACCUAGACCAUUUGGAAUUUACCUGUAGAAGAGGCAACAUCACACCUGGAAAUGAAGGGACUAGCAGUGGAUUUGUCUGUUGCGCUUCUUCUUCUGGUGGACUUGGUUCUUGGUGUCUCCGUGCAGCCCUUCCAUGGGAUGUACCCUGACGCACUGCUCCGUCGGAUGAAAGGCGGCUCUACAGGCACCGAGCAGCGGCAGCAGAACAGUAAGCUGCACCUCUACAUGAUGCAGCUCUACCGGACAAUGCUGACCGAGGACCGUGCCAAGACUCCGGCAUCCAGCGUGCACCAGCCAUGGGCGGAAGACAAGGACGGCCUGCACGACUCAGACUCUGUGAUUAGCCUCGUCGCUAAAAACUGCCAUCAGACUGCUAAGAGGUGGUCCAUCACCUUUGACAUGUCCUCCACAUCUGUAAGUGACAACGUCCAAUUGGCUGAACUUCGCAUCCGUCUGCCUGCCUUUACUGAGUCUAUCCGAGCCUCAGUGGACAUCUACCACUCCCACAGCGAUCAGUGCUCCAGGAUGCACUGCUCAGAGAACAGGCUGUUCCUGGGCCACCUGACAGCUCAUCCCAGUUCCAUGGGCUCUCCCUCCUCCUGGAAGGUGUUCAACAUGACGCAGACGCUCCGUCGCUGGCUACAGCAGGGACCCCCCGCACGGAGGUUGGAGGAGGAAGAGGCUGAAGUGAGAGAGGAGGGACACCAGGAGUUGGAAGGAGUCCAUCACCUUACAGCUGACCAGGUUAUGAUGGUGGUCUUCUCGAGGCAGAACCCAAAUGGCCAGCGAACGCCAAGUCUCAUCCACACAGGCAGGAAGAGGGUGGCGGCUGGCUCGAGCUCCAGGAUGAGGAACAGCAGGGUCAAGAGGAACCACCAGCAUAAACAGAGUGUGCACACAGCUGCUACUGCUGACAAGGGUCCUUUCUGCAGGAAGGUGGACAUGUGGAUGGAUUUUGGGAAGCUCGGCUGGAGCGCGUGGAUUGUCCAUCCCAAACAGUACAAUGCCUAUCGCUGUGAUGGGAGCUGUCCUAUACCGGUAGAUGAGACCUACACCCCAACUAACCAUGCCUACAUGCAGAGUCUAGUAAAGCUUUACCACCCACACAAAGUGCCAUGUCUGUCCUGUGUGCCCACACGGCUGGCACCGCUUUCCAUGUUGUACUACGAGAAUGGGAAGAUGAUCAUGAGGCAUCACGAUAACAUGGUGGUGGAAGAGUGUGGCUGCCACUGAGAAAAAGACCUGCAGGCCUUUUGGAAAGGCUGGAAGUGAGAGAAACGUCAGACCAGCCACUGAGCGGAAGGGGUCUACAGCCACAGAUCUGAGCAACUCAUAGGUACAAAGUGGAUGUACAGUAUGUCCACAUGCACUUUGCAGGGACGUCUGACACUGGGACAGAAGCUGCUGCUGUGAUGAAUAGACAUGAAAGAAAGGGAUUAGUACAACAUACUGUACUCUGGACACUGAGAACAAAAGGGUUACAGAUUAUUAAUACUUCUUUUUGAGGACUAGGUGACCUUAUGGCCUGAACUGCAAGUGGAGCAACUAUAAUUCAAGGUUAUAAGAAGUUAUUGUGGUACAGUAUCGAUCCAGUCAAGAUCAAGAACAGCACAAUAUGAUCAAUGCCUGAAGCACUGUAAGUUUGCAGAAAAUCUUUAAAGGUUUUUCUUAUAGCCCACUGAAAGGACUUUAAUGCCACUGUAAUGGCAAAUGCAAAUGUCAGAAUGGUGCAAGCGCUUUAUUAUGUUUUUUGGGUGACAAAUUUAUACGUUUGGUAUCUACAGUAGGACAAUAAAUUAUUUGUUACAUUGA